CGGCAGCCUCCGCCGCUCGCCUCGCACAAGUCGCUUCCGUUUCCAACGCCGCAUUCCGGCCACACCUGCCCGUGCCCGAGCCCCGGCUCGCUCCGCCGCCCCAGCGAGGCCCUCCCCCCGCGCCGCCAUGUCGGCUCACCUUGUCUGUUAUGUCCCCGCUACCUGAGAGUUCCUCUCCCACCCUUGCACUUGGGUCCCUAUCAAUAUUGUCUUCUGGACACAGAGAAGAGUGUGGGGAAGGGAUCACUUCCAGACAGUUUUGGUUGAGUGAUCCCUAGCAGGCAGAAGAAAUCAUCCCAGGAGGAGUCUAAUAGAGCACAAGUUAAUUACAGAGUGUGGCAGUUUGUGGUUUCUUCUUGAGAGACAGAUAGAUACUUGAUAUUGUUUGGUGCUAUAUGUAUACCAUUACCCAGUAUUGCUAGCACUUCCUAGAAGCAUCAGAAAUACUCAGAAUUGCUUACAGGAAUGAGUUUCGGUUUCUUCAAGUUUACGGAUUACGACUCUGUGAACGUUGAGGAUGAUGUUGAAGCAGUAAUUAUUGACAAUUCUGAAACAGAAGAUGGAGAAAAUGGGCUGUCCACACAAAGCUGCGUGUCAAUGGAACAAAGCUCUGAAGUAAACAGUAACGUUCACCAUGUGGCUCAACUCGCGUAUGGAAGCGAAGGCUUAUCAGUCCUGACUGAACGAGUGCCGUCACAAAUGAGCCAUUCUGCCAGCAUGCAGAGAGGAAACGGUCACGUGCCUGAAAUUGUGUUUUUGCAUAAUAAAAGAAAACGGCUUGCCCCUACUCUAGUGGGACAGAAUGUGAUGAGAACCAGGGAAGGAGAGUAUGAAGACAGUGACAGUGUCAUUUAUGAGUAUGAACCAGAUUACGAAUGUGGGAGUAUUGUAUCCGAAGCUUCCUACAUUGGAGAUCAGCAGAAAACUCUUAUGGAGGUCCUCAGUUAUUGCCAGGCCAUGUAUGAUGCCAUUCAGAAACUGGAUAAAAAGCUUGACCUUCUACAUCGAAAGGUUUCAGAAAUGCAGCAUACUCGUGUGAGGCCACUGUUGCUCAAACCUAAACCAGUUGGAUUUACAUACAGAAGUUCCAGUCAUUUGCCCCAAGGAAGAAUAAGAGUACAAAAAUCCAUGGAAAGGGAAUCAAGUCUUCAGUUCUCUUCACCAGGCCAGGGAAUGCAUAACCCAGUCAUAAGGGUCGCUUUACAAAAUGGCCAUGUUCAGGUCAAUUCCACAAUAAAAAGUGUUCAACAGAGUGUUCAGAUUGAACCACAGCAGCCUGUUCUUAGGCAGAGCCCUCCACUUCCCACCAUAGUUUCUACACAUUCAUUGCAAUCACCAUUCACAGCAGCUAACAGCAUCCCUGACCUUCCUCCGCAAUCAAAUCUUUCAGCCAGUGUUGUGGAAAGUACUGUCAACAGUGCACCUUCCUCAGUGGCAUCCUCAGUGAUGCCAGCACCAUCUGAGACCAGCCUGGGGAAUAAAGCUGUGGUGGUGAACUACAGAAAUGCAUCCGGGAGUGUGAACAUUAGCAAGGAACUGCCAUCUUCUUCGGUCUCCAUCCAUCCAAGCUUUGAGUAUGUUGGUGACCCGGUGAGAAAUGUGAAAGUUCUUGGAAACUAUUUGAUGAAAGCUCGGCAAAAGACUAAACCAAAGUACGCAGCUCGCUACUUAGUUCGUGUCUUGUUCCCCAAGGAGACCUUACUGUGUAGCAUUAUGGGAGUGAGUGCACGGGGGCGCAGAACAUUGGAUCCUAACAAAAUUGCUGCAAUUAGAGAGUUUCUUGCAACUAACUUCCCAAACUAUGACUUGAGUGAAUAUGGAAAAGACUGGAAAACCUGUAUUACAAAUGUCAAUGCUAUGAUCCGCUGUUUACGCUCUGAAACAAAAAUAAACCCAAUAGCUGAUGGGAAAGAAAAAUUAGCCGACACUCCAGAUACAUCUCUUUGUGUAGAUUUAAAUUGUAGUGAAGAUAGUGGAGGGAGUUCUCAAAACCCUCAGAAAAUGACCAUUUCCACAACUGACAGUCUGCAGAACUCAGGAUGGGAAAAGUUUCCAGAACCUUUUCACACACCUUCAGUCAAGAAACUGCAGUCUUUGGAACCCAUGGAACUACUUGGAAGUCCAUGGCGCAACGUCCAGCUGCCUUUCUCAGUCAUUUACGUGGCUAAGGGGAAGUCUCGGCCGGAGUUGUCAGCUCGCUACCUAAUCCGUCAUCUGUUCACUGAAGACGUGCUGGUGAAGAGCAACGUAUACGGUAACCUUGAACGUGGCAUGAGUCCACUGGACUGCAACAGGAUUAAUGCUCUCAGAGAUUUUCUUCAAGAGAACUACCCAUCCUUUGAUCUAAAGGAAACUGGAUAUGAUUGGAAGGCAUGCGUGGCUGCCAUAAACAGCACAAUCCGCAGUCUCAGACACGACCAUAAAAAGGCUAUAGCUGGAAUCAACAGGAGAAUCUUGGCAAGGCCACCAUUAAGUGACAAGAGUCCCCCACAGAGUCCAACUUCCGUAAAGCCAUGUGGAAGUGACACUAUCAAUCUUGCAGACUGAAGAUCUCUUAACAGCAGACCCAAAUCUUCAUUUAGCAGGUUUUGAUAAAUCCCACGUAGGCAGCAGCACUAAAUAUCAUAUUUCAUGAGACCAAAGUUGGCAGUAGACUUAGGAACCCCAAGUCUUUGUAGAAGUAGCAUUUGUGCUUCUCAGAGAUGAAUUCCAUCGUUUCCUGUAGCGGUUGUAAUGUGCUGUCCCCUGAAAGCACUUUCUUUUCAUGAUUAAAUGACAAUGAAAGAUUAAUUUGAUUACAGAAGAUGGAUUGCA